CCGACUUACAAACAACUCAAUUCUCACACCUCUCUUCCAAAAAGUAUGGGUUUGCUUAAAUCGAUAUGUCUCCUGAUGAUCGGAAACUCGUCAUCCUUGAUUCGAGGUGUGUUUUCGUCGGCAACAACGUUUACGAUAGUGAACAAGUGUGAUCAGACGGUUUGGCCAGGGGUUUUAUCCAACCCCGGAGUCAUACCGCUUCAACCGACCGGUUUCACACUUCAAAAAGGCGAGUCGAAAGUACUCCACGCGCCGCGGUCAUGGGCCGGUCGGUUUUGGGGACGAACGCAUUGCUACGAGGAUUCUGGCGGUAAGUUCACCUGCGGGACUGGAGACUGUGGAUCCGGAAAGUUGGAAUGCGCGGGCGCUAGCGCAUCUCCUCCCGCUACAUUAGCUAAAUUUACCCUUGGCGGAACGGAUUUCUUUGUUGUGAGUUUGGUUGGUGGAUAUAACCUCCCGGUGCUGGUGGUGCCCAUCGGUGGGUCCGGAGAUAACUGUACGUCCACUGGGUGUACGGUGGAUUUGAACGACAGGUGUCCGUCGGCGUUAAAGGUUGUGAACUCGGACCGAGAAGCGGUGGCGUGUAAGAGCGCGUGUGUCGCGUUUGGGCGCCAAGAGGACUGCUGUCGCGGCGCGUAUGGCACCCGCGGAACAUGUAAACCGUCAUCUUACUCGCAGGUGUUCAAGACCGCCUGUCCACGCGCUUCUAGUUAUGCCUACGAUGAUCAAACCAGUACCUUCUCCUGCACGGGUGCCGACUACCAGAUCACCUUCUGUCCCACUUCAACGACCAGCAAGAAACCAAAGCAGGAGCAACAAACGCCAAACAAACCGCAUUUCAACACAGGUACAGUAUAUGAAGACGCAAACACGACGGGACAUAGCAGCGCUCCUCCGCGGUCUUCCUUUAUUCGUGCGCUCAUUGGUGCGGUGGUUGGGGUCGGUGUUUUACUUUUCGGAGCCGGCUGCGCGUAUACAAUCCGAACCGGGAAUGUUAACAUUAUGAAUGGAUCAUGUAAUUGCUUCCGGAAAUAGGAGUCAUAUGAGGUUUUGUUUUUGAGUGUAUAAUUUUGAGGUUUGCAUGCUUUGCGUACAUUUUUGUAUUUUUCUUUUUAAUUCGAUGCUACCUUUUUGUAGUUGUUAUUAUGAAUGGAUCAUGUAAUUGCUUCCGGAAAUAAGAGUCAUAUGAGGUUUUGUUUUUGAGUGUAUAAUUUUGAGGUUUGCAUGCUUUGCGUACAUUUUUGUAUUUUUCUUUUUAAUUCGAUGCUACCUUUUUGUAGUUGUUAUUAUGAAUGGAUCAUGUAAUUGCUUCCGGAAAUAAGAGUCAUAUGAGGUUUUGUUUUUGAGUGUAUAAUUUUGAGGUUUGCAUGCUUUGCGUACAUUUUUGUAUUUUUCUUUUUAAUUCGAUGCUACCUUUUUGUA